UAAAUCUGACGUUUGUCUGGGCGUGCGAGAUGGCGUAAUUUCCGGGAAGUAAAAUUCUGGCAACACGGAAGCGUAGCAAAGAAAACAAAUAAUCGUUUAAAUUGAUAUCGAGCAGAAGUCGGAGAAGACGCCCCUACGCGCCGUAUUCACCGUCUGGACCACCGACUCCGCGGCACACGAUGGAUUUCUUGUUUGGAAGGAGGAAGACUCCGGAGGAGAUGCUGAGGCAGAAUCAGAGGGCGCUCAACCGAGCCAUGCGAGAACUGGACCGAGAGCGAAUGAAGCUGGAGCAGCAGGAGAAGAAGAUCAUCGCUGACAUUAAAAAAAUGGCCAAACAGGGACAAAUGGAUGCCGUCAAGAUAAUGGCCAAAGAUUUAGUGCGCACAAGGCGCUACGUCAAGAAGUUCAUCAUGAUGAAAGCCAACAUUCAGGCCGUCAGCCUAAAGAUACAGACACUCAAAUCCAACAACAGCAUGGCGCAGGCGAUGAAAGGCGUCACCAAGGCCAUGGCCACCAUGAACAGACAGCUGAAGCUACCUCAGAUUCAAAAGAUCAUGAUGGAGUUUGAGCGACAGAGUGAGAUCAUGGACAUGAAGGAGGAGAUGAUGAACGAUGCCAUCGAUGACGCCAUGGGAGACGAGGAUGACGAGGAGGAGAGCGACGCCAUCGUGUCCCAAGUGCUGGACGAGCUGGGUCUGAACCUGUCUGAUGAGCUGUCGAACUUGCCGAGCACCGGAGGAAGCCUGUCGGUGGCGGGAGGGAAGAAGGCAGAGCCCCAGGCUGCCCUAGCCGAUGCAGACGCAGACCUGGAGGAGCGUCUGAAUAACCUUCGGAGAGACUGAAUGCUGCGGCGAGGCCACUAAUACGAAACAUCCUCAGAUCUCUGUGUCUCGAUUCUUCUGAGAGUAAAGCGGUGGUGUGCUGGGAUGUGUGAUAAAGGUGUAUGGCUUUCUGUUUGAGGUGUUUUCUCAUUCUAUGUAAUAUGUAUUUUAUCCCAAAAAAAGGGUCAUUAUCCUUCAUAAGUUUGGCAAAUUCUUGCCUCAUUUAAGACUUUGCCAAAUGACACGAGCUGACUGAGAGCCGAUAUUUAUGCGACGGUAUGUAAAUACUAACUCCUGAGGCAUGAUGUUUUCACAAAUUAACACUAAUUACAAAAUAUUUCAAGAAAUCCAAACAAAAGCUGGUAAUAUUACAGAAAAUGACAUUUUAUAUGGGUGAUGUGAAGGGUUUUUUUUUUUUUUGCAGGCUGGUUUGGUGUUCUUUGUAUUAUCAUAAUCAUAAUCAUAAUAAUACACUUGUAGCCUUUUGUAGAUUAUUUGUAGAUCAUUUGAUGGAAUUGGCAGUUUAUCUGGGUUUCCCCGUGCAAAGCGUUCAUAAUGCUGGCAUCUUUUCCAGCUAAAUUCACGGAUUAUUUCACAGAUUAUAUUUGAAAAGAAAGGUGUGAUCAGCUGACUUCAGCCCUCUGAGAUCUCUUUCACCAAUAUGUUAAGAGUCAGCAGUGUUUAUUUUUGACAAAAUGUUAUAUUGUUUUUUUCUUUACUCAAUAAACAUUUUUUCCAGAUUUAAAUAA